AUGAGAUUCGGACAGCAGCUCAAGCAGUCGCUCAACAAGGAGUGGAUCUUUUACUACAUCGAUUAUGAGGGCCUUAAGAACUCCCUGCGCGUCCACCACAUCUGGGACGAGAAGUCGGAGCAGAGUUUCGUCGAGCAGUUGGAGAAGGAGCUCGAGAAGGUCUACACGUUCCAGCGCGUCAAGGCCGAGGAAAUCAUCCGUCGCAUAGCAGCCUCGGAGAAGGAGGUUAACGAUGCCGUCGCGCGCUCCCAGCAGGCGCCCGAACAGGCCGAGAGUUUCGAGGAGGACUUUGAUCUGCUCGAAGAGGAUCUCAGCGACAUCAUCGCCGAUGUCCACGACCUGGCAAAGUUUACGCAGCUAAACUACACGGGCUUCCAGAAGAUUAUCAAGAAGCAUGACAAAAACACAAGCUGGUACCUCAAGCCCGUCUUCGCCGCCCGUCUCAAGCGCAAGCCCUUCUUCCAGGACAACUACGACUCGUACGUAGUGAAGCUCUCGCGACUCUACGAUAUCGUUCGCACGCGCGGUAACCCGGUCAAAGGAGAUGCAUCGGCAGGAGGAAAGCAACAGAACUUUGUGCGCCAAACCACAAAAUAUUGGGUACAUCCGGAUAACAUCCUUGAGUUGAAGCUCAUUGUCUUGAAGCACUUGCCUGUGCUCGUCUUCAACCCUAACAAGGAAUUCAACGAGGAGGACUCUGCCAUUACAUCCAUCUACUUUGACAACACCGAGACAUGGGAGCUAUACGAGGGCCGUUUGAAGAAAACCGAAGGAGCUGAGGCGAUCCGUCUGCGAUGGUAUGGAGGCAUGUCAAGCGACACCAUCUUUAUCGAGCGCAAGACACAUCGCGAGGACUGGACAGGUGAGGAGUCGGUCAAGGCACGCUUUAAGCUUAAGGAGAAGAAUGUCAACGCAUACCUCCGUGGUGAGCUCAGGCCCGAGCAGAUCUUUGAGAAGGAGCGCAGGGAACAGAAGAGGCCGGAGAAGGACAUUGCUUCUGACGAGCAGCUGGCACGAGAGAUUCAGUACCGCGUCCUCACCCGCAAACUCGAACCCGUCACUCGUUCCUUCUACCACCGCACCGCCUUCCAACUUCCCGGGGAUGCCCGCGUCCGUAUCUCACUCGAUACCGAGCUCACCAUGACCCGCGAGGAUAACCUGGAUGGCAAGAAGCGCUCUGGAGAUAACUGGCGUCGCACAGACAUUGGUGUAGACUGGCCAUUCAAGCAGCUACCCAAAGAGGACAAGGAACUCUUCCCUUAUGCUGUUCUUGAGGUCAAGCUUCAGACACAAGCUGGAGGAGAGCCACCGCAGUGGAUCCGUGACCUGACCUCGUCUCAUCUUGUCGAGGCUGUGCCCAAGUUUUCCAAGUACAUCCACGGUACCGCCACGCUUAACCCCAAGCGCAUCCACCUGAUCCCAUACUGGUACCCGCAGAUGGAUGUAGACAUCCGCAAGCCUGUCACUCACAAGUUCGGUAUUGAGCGCCCCGGCGCAAGCAACGACAUCAGCACCAGUGGUAACCUCGAUGAUGAUAGCGACGAUGACGAUGACGCUGUAGAACUGCCGCUCGAGAGGGAGGCCUUCGUUACGCACGAAAUCAUCCCCAAGCCCACACCCACUGACGUCGGCGACGGCGGCUUCUCCCUCGGCGUCCCAACAUGGAAGCAGCAAGGCGAAGUAAAGCGAUUCAAAGCACCAAAGGGCAAGCGCAUACACGUCCCCGUGCGCGUCGAACCAAAAGUCCAACUAGCAACCGAGCGCACCUUCCUCUCCUGGCUCGAAUUCUCCAUCCUCAUCGGCUCCAUCGCCGCCACUUUACUCAAUUUUGGCGAUAGCCUCGCUUUUGCCGCGGCCUGGGCUUUCACCGUCAUCGCGUGCAUUGCGCUGUGUUAUUCGGCUGGCUUGUACCUUUGGCGCGUUAAUAAGAUCAAGGAGAGGAGGGCGGUUACGUAUCAUGAUCGGUGGGGGCCGACGCUGCUUUGUGCGGGCUUGUUUUUUGCGGUUGCGAUGAGUUUUGGGUUUAGGGUUGCGGAGGGAGGUGGUGGUGAGGGGGGUUUGAAGGGGGAUAUGAAGGGGUAG